AUGAAGCUCUUAUCGGCGGCCGUGCUUUGCCUCGCUCCCCUCAGCGUUACUGCUACGCCCGCUUCGUUCUGGUCGUCGCAGGAUGUGAUUUCGGAGGCAAUCCCCGUUAAGGGCGAUAAUCCCCUCGAAUACUGCUCAGAUCCCAACGGCAACAUUCUAGACAUCAAAUCGGUCGACUUGUCUCCGAACCCUCCCAAGCCUGGCCAAACUCUCACCAUAAAGGCCGAAGGUGUUCUGCAUGAGCGAGUCGAGAAGGGCGCCUACGUUCUUCUGGAGGUCAAAUACGGAUUGAUCACCCUUGUCAAACAACGCCCCGAUCUCUGUGACCAGAUUGUGAACGUGGACCUAGAGUGUCCCUUGGAAGCGGGAACAAUGACCCUGACCAAGGAGGUUCAACUGCCCGCACAGAUUCCUCCGGGUCGAUACACUGUUCAUGCCGAUGUCUUUUCCAAGGAUGACAAGCGCAUCACUUGCUUGGAUGCCAAGAACAUUCAGUUCUGA